AUGAGGGAGAAAGAUCCUGGAACCUUUGACCCCAGUGUACAAACUCUGUCUCACAAUGCCAACUGGACGUUAAUCGGCUAUUAUCAGUCAUGGAAAUACUUCGGAAAUAUCUCGGAAACAAUAAGACAGGAGUUCAAAUUCCGAGAUGACGUCAUCAAGGACAUGCUGAAGGGGGCUCCUGUUCUGGCAAACUGGACACGAAUAACAAUCGGAGUCCAUGUCCGGCAAGGCGACAUGGCGUCCCAAUAUGAACUAAGUCGUGGCUAUAAUAUUGCUGACAUCGGAUUUCUGAACAGGUCAAUGAGCUACUUCCGGAAGAAGUAUGAGAACCCUUUGUUCAUAGUGUGCUCUGACAGUAUAACGUGGUGCAAGGACAACCUUAAGUCGGGCGAUACCAUUUUCGUGAAGGGUAAACCAGAGGUGGACUUGGCUACUUUGUCUCACUGCGAUCAUAAUAUUGUUACAUCCGGGUCGUUUGGGUGGUGGGGGGCGUGGUUGGCAGGAGGUGAUGUUGUAUAUUUCAAACAUUUCCCGCGGGAAAAGACGUGGCUGGGCCGACAGUACAAAGCAGAGGACUACUACCCCCCGCAAUGGCUAGGGAUGGAGUGA